AUGGACGAAAACGUGUCUCAUCAGCGUUUCGAUUUUCUUUAUGAUAUUUGGAAACCAGGUUCACUCACGGUGGAGCGACCGUUGGACGGCGUGAUGGCGAGCAUGACUGCAGUAGGUCUUGUCGGCAUCUCACAGUUGACCCAUUCGGAGGAAAUCAUCGACAGUGCACGAAAGAGCUACGGCACUGCACUCUGUUUGACGAAUGAGGCGCUCAAAGACCCUCAAGAAGCGAUCAAGGACACGACUAUGCUGUCCAUCUUGAUCCUGGGCGUCUUUGAGAUGAUGGCCGAGCCUGGUCUCAAGACGAUGAAAACGUGGCACGAUCACAUUAACGGUGCUGUGGAGUUGGCGAAACUGCGGGGCGCCAGUCAGUUCCGCUCGCGUGCCGGGAUCCGCAUGUUUAACAUGCUGUGCGAGAGUGUCACAAUUUCCUGCAUGCAAAGACAGGUGCCCAUUCCACCGGCGCUGGUGGCUCUGCAGGACGAACUACUAAACAUCGUGGUCGAACACGAGCCAGGAGGGUUUGGUGGGAUCAACUUGUGGAAGCCAAUCUAUAAGCUGCUGCAAGCAAGGCACGACGUAGGAACGACGAGUCUCUCCGGCAACCUCGACGAGCUCCUCGCGCGCAUGGACGACAUCGAAACCGAAUUCGACAAGACAAUCUCCUCCUUCCCUGCAGACUGCUACUACAAGGUGUUCAAGGUGACACGGGCCCACAAGGCUGUGUUCCGCGACGUAUGCCACGUAUAUCCGAGUGUGGCUUCGGCGUCGGUGUGGAACUGGCUACGGGCAGGGCGCAUCUUGGUGUUGGAAACCGUCCUCUCUGCUAUCCAGCGGCAUUUCCCGGAUACUGGUGAUGACGGUGAACUGGUGCCGGCCCAGUACAUGACAGCGUUCCGGCAGGCCUGGACGAAGCUGGACCGUGUCAACUCGGCCAUUGUUGCCAGCAUUCCGCAGCACUUUGGUCUGGUCAACCCAGUCAACCCAUAUUAUGAUUCACUAAGACCUAUGCCGACCGUCGUCCAUCCGCUCUCAACGACAGAAGUCCGUGAGCCACCCACGCCACCAGAACAGUCGCCGAUCUCGUCAGCCGGGUCGGUGCAGACCCCGUCUGUGCACUUUGACGAUCGCAGCGACGGUAGCCAUGCAGCCCGUGACGAUGACGAAGUUGUCUUUGACGACGGUGGUCCCAGCCUCGACAACCCAACACGAGCACGCAAUGUUGACGAAGAAGCACAGCGCUUUAUGCUUCUGGCUUCGGUGACCAAUUCGGCCGUCUGGCCGCUGUUUACCGUGGGCGUCAGCUCCGUCUGCAGCCCCCAGCUCAAGACCUAUGUCGUGGCUCGACUGGGCGCCAUCUUUGACGAGACAGGGCUUAAGCAAGCUCGGUCGAUUGCGUCCAUCGUGCGCAACCGCGAACUCAUCAAGUCCCCGUGGCUGAAGCUGUUUAUGCGAACCAGCAACACAACGAUGCCGCCCCCGCCGCCAGUGACAACACGAAAACCAUUCUUGAGUGCGUCUGCGAUGUAA